GUAAAAUCUCAACUUUUCUUUUUCAACGUUCCGAUAUUCCCACAUAGAGUUUUCAUCUCGCAACCUCCGAAGAAUGGGCUACGAGUACUCGCAGGUCCUCGCAAGUCCUCGCAAAGAGAAUACGAACGACGAAAGAUGAGAUAAAGAAAUAGGCACGCUUUAAGUCUUGGUAAUUCUAGGCAAAGGAAAGCCGGUCGACCGGUCUAGGUGAUUCGUUCGUCCCGGUCUUGUCCCUUGUUCCAGUGAUCCCAUUGAUCCCAUAUUUUCCCGGCAAACAAUCUCCACGAUGGUCUGGGCUUUUUCUUGGCUAAGCACCCAAGAUGGGUUAAUCCUUAGUCAACGACCCUUCGUCUGUCACCUCCUGAAUCAGAAAACCUUGGCUUGACAUUCUUUGCCAAUGUAAUCCGCCAGGUGACUGGGUGAUCUAGUGUUGUCUUGUCCCUUUUGCCUUUUUCUAUCUUUUUAUGUCGUUGACGUCGAGUUCCACUAUCCUUAAGCCCAAACCCUCUCGUCACCUACCACGAUAAAGUUGUAAUAAUAAUAUACAUCCGUUCUCUUACCGGAUGAACAUUCAUUAUCACCACUAAUCUAGAUCUAAGUAAUUCACUUCUUUCACUCAUUCGUUCCCUUUUUUUCCCCUUCCUAGUGAUUCGUUCGAUUCGCUCGUUUCGCCCCUCUUCCCGGACAAUACGGACUUCACAUGAUCAUGGUGAGACUAUCAACACCGCUGCUGGCGGCACUGGGCCUAGUCGCCGACAGAGCUUAUGGAGCCCUCGACGUAAAUCUUGACGAUCCAGCUUCGAUCAAGUCGGCGGCCGCCUUAGUCGCCGAAGAUCUUCUCACCUUCUAUCAUGGCGACGAGCCGGGCAUGGUUCCCGGCAUCUUGCCCGGCCCUCCCCCCGACGGCGAUUACUACUGGUGGCAGGGAGGUGCACUCUGGGGUACGAUGCUAGACUACCGACACCAUACCGGCGACAAGACGUAUGACGAGACCGUGUCGCAAGCGCUACUAUGGCAGGUGGGUCCUAACGAGGACUUCAUGCCGCCCAACUGGACGGCAUCCAUGGGUAACGAUGAUCAAGCUUUCUGGGCGUUGUCUGCUAUGCUGGCUACCGAGGUGGGAUACACAGAUCCUCCGUCAGACCAGCCUCAGUGGUUGUCGCUGGCGCAGGCCGUAUUCAACGAGCAGACGCAUGAGGAUCGAAGAGUGCCUAGUGGACGAUGCAAGUGGGGUCUUCGAUGGCAGGUUUAUCCGUCCAACAACGGAUACAACUACAUUAACACCAUCGCGAAUGCCUGCUAUUUCAACAUCGGCGCUCGGCUAGCCCGCUACACGGACAAUUCGACCUACGCAGAUCUUGCAAACAAGACUUGGGAUAUCAUCAGCGAUCUAGGUUACAUCUCAGACAAUUGGGAUGUUUAUGACGGUGCCCACUUGCCGGAUUGUACCGACAUCAACAAGGCCCAGUUCUCCUACAAUGCUGCCAUGUUGUUGCAAGGCGCCGCCUUCUUGUAUAACUACACCGACGGCAGCCAAAUUUGGAAGGAACGCAUCGACAACCUGGUUGACCGCAUGAUCGAGAUCUUCUUCCCCAACAACGUCGCAUACGAGCCGUCAUGCGAGGGGACCAAGUGUAACGCCGAUAUGGAAUCCUUCAAGGGAUAUACUCAUCGAUGGAUGGGCUCGACGAUGCAGCUAGCUCCUUACACGCGCGACAAGAUUUACCCGGUGCUGAAGGCGUCGACUGAGGCGGCUGUCAAGCAAUGCACCGGGGGCACCAACGGCCGAUUCUGUGGUUUCCACUGGACUACCGGUGUCUUUGACAACCAGGUCGGCGCUGGCCAGCAGAUGAACGUCCUAGGAGCCCUGAUCAGCCUUCUGUCCCCUGAUGCCGCACCGCCUCUGACUAACAACACCGGUGGUACAUCCAAGGGUGACGUGAAUGCCGGUUCUGACGAGCCCCUCGUGCCUACCUUUUCCCCCAUAACCGGUGGGGAUAAGGCUGGUGCUGGCAUCCUCACGGCAAUUCUGAUUGCGGGCUCGCUCUCGGCAUUCGCAUGGAUGAGCUUAGAUUAAGAUACUUAUCUAGACUUGGGGAGUCACCGCGAAUUAAAGGUUAAAUGUACAUCUGGCGUUGCACGUGCUUUGCAAUCAAUGAUUUUUUCAGUUUAGGAAUGAGAAUACCCGGGUUUUUCACAACAAGUGAAGUUAAAUGAAAAGGAUUUGUACAUAGGCUCGCUCGCCUUGCCUUUCCUGUUCUUCUUUUUCAAGUUUUGCCGUAUGUUGUUUGAGGAGUUGUAAGGCGUACUUAGUUGAAUUACCUAGACCUUGAAAGUAGUAAGAGUAGGAGAGAGAAUAGGGGAAGAGAAACAAAAGGGGGAGGGAAGAGGAAAGAAAAGGUGAAGAGAAUAAAAAGGAUUAGAUAAGAUAAAUUUGAUGAAUGUCUAAUUUAAAACGUGCUGUCCUUGAUUGACGUUCUGGUCGCCUGAAUCGAUCGAGGUUAGUGCGAAGUUGCGAGAAUAGCUCCCGCGGUUUAAUGUGUUUGGAUAUUGAAUGACAGGAAGAAUCUGAUCACAUGUUGAGAACAAGGAGAUGGAAUACCCUAUGAGCGAAUUUCGAGAAACGAAGUAAUAGAAGGUGGUUAGUAUCCCGUGUUUCUGAGUGUGAGUAAAUCUCCUGGAGAAACCCAACCUGGGCUGGUUACUUUGAGGAUACCUAGUAACCUCAGUA